AAUCGCUAUGGCUCGUAGAAUAAGUGCACACAUUCUUAACUGAAUCGCGCUGUGUCCGGAGCAAAGGUGUCUCGCGCGACUUCAGCCCUGCGUUCGUGCCUCUCGCCAGGAAGAGGUUUUCUUCAGGAGCAGCAUAUCUCUUGACGAGGUCGAGAAUGAGACGCCAAGUCUAUCUCGUCGCGAUCUUGUUCGCGUCCCACAUGAUCGUUGCGCAUGGGAAGUAUGCUUGGAAGGAUAGAAGCAAAGGCUUGGAUGCAGACCAAGAGAAGAACAUUGUGAAUGUGAUCAAAUUAACCCCGGAUGAGGACCGGGCGAAGGAUACGAAGUACUACGAUGAAGUGAUCGAGGUCGUAGUCGGUGGGAUAGAGAAAGUUGCGAUGACCCUGCUGGAUGAUAAAGAAACUGAAGAGGAUCAGUCGGACACUCGGGAAAAGAAGAAAAGUUCUGAGGAUGAAAAAGAGAAGCCGGAUUCUGGGCAGGAUAAGGACAAAGAUUCCGAGAAAGCUGAGGAGGAGCCGCAUGCUGCAGAGGACUCGGACAAGCCGGAAACCGGUGGAAAAGACAAGGAUGCAGGGAAACCUGUUGAGCAGCCCGAUGCUGAGGAUGAUAAAGGCCAGCCCGCCACCGACGGAGAAGAAAUCAAUCCUGAGGGCCCUAAGAACAGGGAGGUCGAUGUCAACCAGCCGGAUAACGAAACGGACAGAGAGAUGUCAGACAUUCCUGAUCAGAAGGAAGAUCCUAAGGACUCCAAGAAGCAGGCGGAAGCCAAAAGAAAAGGAGGAGUCUCCGAGGGAGGGCAACAGCCUUUGGACGUCCCUGGAGAGGGAGGGCAGCCGAAGUCCGGGAAUGUAGAGAAAUUCAGAGCCUCUCUGAGGAGGUUGCUGAAAAGGGCAGCUGCCGCGAAAGACGCGGACAAGACGAAAGAUGCAGGAGAUAAGACCGACGACGACACCGCGAAGAAAGAGGCCGAUGCGGGAGACUCCAGCGGGAAGAAGAAGGCUGACGCGGAAGGCGCUAGCGAUAAAGGUCUCCUGACGACAACGUUCGUGUUCGACAAGAUUGAAACGUUGGAGAAGUUCGACUUCUCUGCGCCAAUUGAGUUCUUCGUCAGCAAGGGUGCACAGAUCCUUGAUGGAAGCGCAUUGGCGGACAAAGCCGACGACAUUAAACAAGCGAUAUACGACGAAAUGAAGGCGAAACCUGCCUUGAAGCUCACCGUUGAAGUGGUGAAUCAAGGCUUGGCCGCAUGGGCAAUCGUCCUGAUUGUCCUUGCGGUUCUUCUCGUUGUCGGUGCUGCAGGAUACCUCAUAAUGACAUACAUGAGGAAAUAGCGAGAUUUGUGAAAUAAAGGUCGAAUUUUUCGAAAA